UAACAAACGAUGGCAUAUAAAUAUGUGGAGCCACAUGACAAAUAGACAAUGUAGAUAAAUGUGGCUAAAAGAAGCUAUGUUUCUUUGCUCUUCUAUCCCAACUAGAAAAAACUGCUUCUUCAUCUCCGCCACAAAUAUCCCAUUUUCUUCAUCUCCAAAUCCUCCUUUACUCCUCAGAUUUCAUACUUCUCACCGUGAAAAUCUCCGUUAUCUAAAAUCUCUUGGCAUUAUCAAGCCUGGUACGAAGACCUAUAAAACAACCCCAUCACCAGAAUCCCUUUCCCAAAUUUUAUCCACUGUCAACUUCCUCAAUUCCCAAGGCUUCUCCCAGGCUGAUAUAUCCAGAAUUGCUCUUGUUUGUGACCAUGUAUUUUCUCCUGAAUUUAAUGUUGAGUCUGUAUUUGAUUUCUUUAAGUUUGAUUUAGGUGCAACCCCAGAAGAAACUCAAGGUUUAAUUCUGCGAUGCCCUCAAAUUCUUGAAUCCAAUGUCCCCUUCUGUUUGAGACCAACAUUGCUUUAUCUUAAAGAAUUAGAUAUUGGAAACUUGAACUUGCCAACAAACUUAAAUGCUCAUCUACUGAAUACCCGAGUGGAUAAAUUGCAAGAAAAAGUUACAUUUUUACAGGGAAUUGGGUAUUCUUAUGAAGAAUCAGCCAAGUUUUGUGCUAGAUUUCCUGCUAUAUUUGGUUAUAGCAUUGAACACAACUUGUGGCCGAAGUAUGAGUAUUUGGUUGAGGAUAUGAAGAGGGAUCUUGAGGAACUGAAACUGUUUCCUCAAUAUUUUGCUUUCAGCCUUAGAAACCGGAUAGUUCCUAGACAUCUGCAUCUCAAGGAAAGAAAUGUUAUAAUUCCCUUGAAAAGAAUGUUGCUGUGGAGUGAUCAAAGAUUUUAUGCUAAAUGGAAAUGAUUUUCUUAUACAUAGCGUUGUAUCAGUAUUUUUCUUUGAAGUGACCCAAUUGUCUAGUGGUGAAAGAUGAAUUUCAUGCAUAAUGCAUCAUCUUUAAAGUAAUAGGUCUUAUCUGGUAGCUUAUUCAUUUUCCGAUCCUGACCCCUUCAUUGCACAAUUAAAGGUGUGAGAAGAGGCCAAAGGACGGUAAUUCGAGACCAACUUCCAAUCACAAAAAGAAUGAACCAUCAAAAUAGCAAAAUUUAGAAUGAGUACAACAAGCAUGGUGCCAACUUUGUAUCUCUGAACCAAGUACAUCAGGUAAAUAGUUCGACAAUAUAAUGCAAAAUAUACGGGCUAGAACUAUCAACUCUUUCCUUCGAACCAAAAAAAAAAAAAAAAGAGAGAAAACGAUAAA